UUGCUUCGACAACGUUGCACGCGCGGCCGUCUGUCGUGUCGAUCAUCAAAAUAAAGUAGAAGCAAAAAACAAAAAAAAAAAACAAAAAACAGAAAACAAUUCAAGUUAAAAACGAAAUUUCGGUUGUCGGUUAACAGCUUUUAACAGCGAAAUAAAACGAGUUGCAGGGCUUCAGGGCCAAGAGAGCAGCUAAUCACAGUGCUUGCUGUUGUUGUUGUGCAGUGCGCUUUAUCAGCAUCAACGGCAUCAGCAAGAAACGAAAACGAAAGUCGGUCCAAAGCAUAAACACGGAUCUUCAGGCCAUACCCCAUUAGCCCAAAGCCAACUGGCCAAGUCGUGUCUCUCUCGCUCUGUGUGUGUAAAUGGCUCAAUAAAAUAAUAUAUCGCAAUUUCGUAUCGCCGGCAAUGUACUUAGCUACAAAGUGAAAAUUAACCACACGCUCAUCAACUGAACUGAACUGAUUAACAACGAUAGUAAAAAUCCCAGAAGAUUCGUUGCAGUGUGUGAAAUAAAUGCGAAAAAAUAAUUUAAUAGAUAAUUUAACAACUAUUAAGAGAUAUUAUAAAGUAAAUAGAGGUGUUGGUAAACUUGCUAUUUGACCUUCGGGCCAACAAAAGCCAAAAAUCAACCAGGCCAAGCAAGCAAACGGUGUUCAAACACACACAUAGAAAGAGAUUCAAUACCGCACAUAAUUACAACAAUAAAUAAAGCAAGGUGAUAGCAGCAACUAACAAGUGACAACAACAACGGACAACAGACAACAUGGAGAUCUGGCUGAUUUUCAUAUUUCUGGGCGUAGCCAAGGGCAUUGCAAACCAGAGCAGCCCAACAACAGCAACAGCAACAGUAACAACAGCAACACAGUGGCAGCAGCAACAUCAACAUCGUUUAAAUGACAGCUUGCAACAUAAGGAACAGGUGCAACAAAAGCUUGCCUCAGUUGAUGCUCUGCUUGGCGCAGAGUUUAGCAGACUGCAUGAACCACAUUUGACACGCACCUCGGUCAUCUUUGGGCUAACAAAAAUGGCCAAUGAGAGCAAUGUGAAUGCCAAAUGCGAAUCCCAGUUGCGUCAAGUGCAACGUGGAAUACUCAGCAAACAGCCGUGGGCAAUGAAAGUACUGGAUGCAUCUGGAACAAAGCCGUCUGGCUUUGUUUAUGGCCAAAACUAUUGGCUGGGCAGUCGGGAGGCCUGCAAAGGAGUCCAGAGUCCCGUGGGCAUCACGUUAUCCAAGAACUUUGAUCGUGUUAUGCACUAUGGAUUAAUCACUCAGCAGGCACCCUUCGAUAUGGACUAUCGGGUCGUUUAUCUACGUCACAAUUCACCUUGGCAGGUGGAGAUUAAGCUAAUGUCCGAGCAGAUCAUCCACAUUGGACUGUGCCUGCCCAGAGCUUGCAGCUCGGAGGAAGUGAAGCAGCUGGCAGGGGAAUAUGUAUCAAGUGGCAUGUUCGCCGAGAACGACAUCUUUGAUAUACGCCCGGAGGUGGUCUACAUGAAGGAUCUCCAAUUGCGCGAUGUCUUCUAUCAGCGUUCCAGCUUCCGUUUGUUGGUGGCCAGUGCCUUGGCCACUGGCGCCUUGAUGCUCUGCGCCCAGCAGCUGUUGGUCAGCAAGAAGUUGCCUCCAGUUGGGGAAGAGGAGCAGGAGUCUGGAGGAUUAGCUCCCGCUGAAUCGGAGCUCUGGCGCGCCUUGCACUCGCUGCUCCGCUGGCAAAGAUUACAGAAGCUGGUCAGCUGCUAUGAUGUGCCCAGCAAUUGGUCGAAGAUCUUUGCGGUGCGUGAGAAUAAAGUCCAUGAGAUUCCAGUGAUGAAUGGCUUGAGAUCUGUGUGUGCCAUCUGGAUAAUGAUCUUCCAUGUUGUGUGGUUCAUGUACUUUACCGUGCACAACAAAACCGUCUUGAUAACCUAUGCGGAACAGGCGUUCUUUCAGUAUGUCUCCUCGGCUCCUCUGCUAGUCGAUGUUUUCUUUACCAUCAGUGGCUUUCUGCAAACGUACAACUUUCUGCGCAACUCGACUCAAUUGGAGGCAGUGCGUCGGAAUAGCUGGCGCCAGAAUCUGCAGCUCUUUGGCAAGCUACUGUUUCAUCGCUACCUGAGAUUGGGGCCUCUAUAUCUCGUUGUCAUGCUCUGUGUGGAUCUGGCUUAUGCUUACAUCGGAGACACCUCAGUUUAUCACAUCAAUGAGCGUUUUGAUGAGAUGUGCUCCAAGCACUGGUGGCGCAAUCUCUUCUUCAUCCAGAAUCUGUUUGAUCAUCGCGAUAUGUGCGCCAAUUGGAGCUGGUCUCUGGCCUGUGAGAUGCAGUUCUUUAUACUGGCCAAUGUGCUGCUCUUCCUAUAUGCCAAGCAUCCCAAGCUGACAAAGAUCUUGGUACCCACGAUUCUGAUCUGCAGCACUGCCUGGUCCUAUGGCAUUGGACUAACCAUCAAGUUCCAGCUGUCCUUCGAUGCCGCCUUUGCCACUGGCACCGAGAUCUACACAUCUCCAUUUGUACGCAUUCUGCCCUACAUCCUAGGCUCCAUUACAGCCUGGUUCUUGUUGGAGAAGCGUUCCCAGCUAGAACUGAGUGACAUGCAAGAGCGUUCCUGCUGGCACUUUGCACUGUGCGUCUUCUUCAUCUGCAUCUACUCGACAAUCAAGCGGGAUCUGGGCUCCCUGCUGGCCAUCUCGUUGUUUGUCCUGGGAAGACUCUUCUUCUCGCUGAGCGUAUGCUGGAUGAUUGCGGGCAGUGCGAAGGGACGCGGCGUCUGGUGGUCACGUCUCCUGGAGGCCAAGGGCUUCCAGCACCUGAGUCGACUAUCCUAUGCAAUCUACUUGCUCAAUCCAUUGGUCAUUGCCUUCAUUUAUAGCCUGACCAGCUCCAGCACACACGCAGAUCCUUUGAUGCUGAGUGUAGUCACCUGUGGUUUUGCUGUCAUCGUCUAUUUGGCGUCCAUCCUCUUCUCCCUGGCAUUCGAGCUGCCCUACAGCAAUUUGUCAAGCCUGCUGUUGAAGCGAGGCGCCAGCAGCAAACCGAAAAGCGCCUGAAUGAUGCUAUUUUAUAAGUAAACAUGCCUCCAUAAUUCAAUUGUGAUCGCGUCCACGUACAACUCAUUGUUAUCGUUAAAAUUAUUAGUAGCCGUAGUCUUGUUAUAAUUGUAGAUGUAAUUAUAAACAAAAUAAAUAUGUAAGCAAAACAAAAACAAGUCACCCGCGCUUUGACAGACGUUGCCAGCUUAAGUUUAUUGAACGUUACCAGACCUU